GCACUUGCUUCAGGAUGCUCCGAGGUAUGAGGAAUACAAAUAAAGAGCCCCGUGGAGCCUCAAAUCGAUACGCACCAUGUGAUUGGUACUAUCACGUGCCACUCAAGCGAUCAGAGGAGCCGGUUAAUUCUGAAGCUCAACAGCAGCCUACAUCCCAGAUCCCAGGUCUCGGUGAUUUUGGAGAUCCUCACAGUGAGAUUACAUUUGGGGGGCGAAGGAAGUGGAUUAAAGACACUGACUCGGAAUAUGUAAAGCUGGCAAAACAAGGAGGCCGACCUGACUUGUUGAGACAUUUUACACCUACUCCACGGAAAGUGUCUCUGGGGUCUUAUGGUGCACCCGAGUGGUAUACACAUCAUGGUAAACCACCAGCAGCAGCAGCAGCAACAGAUGAGUCGAAGCCUCGAGUUUCAGCUAUGCCAGACUACAUGAUCCAUGAGGAGUUUAAGGCUGAUCAACCUGCCAGCUAUGAGCCUAAAAGAGGGCCUUUUGAUUUUGAUAUGAAAAGUGUUUGGCAAAGAGAUGCUGAAGACAAAGAGAACAAAGAGAAAAGAGAGGAAAAUGGAGUACAAGUUGAGGGCUCUCCAGGCAGCACAAAAGAAGAGAUAAAGCUUCCUGCUAUAACGCCAAGAUACCCACACAGAACACCACAACCUAUUGCAACUAAAGAAUUUCAUGGAGGAAACCGGCUCUACUUCCCUCCAAUGCCUGCUCACAAAAAAAACGAACCUGUAAACUUCAGCAAACUGAUCAGCAGUGGUUAUGGAGAUGAGUGGCUUCAGCAGCGUGAUGACUGGGAGAAAAAGAACUCGCAGCCUAAUGAUUCUCUUCCUCCUCCAAAUUCAGAGACAUCCCAGCCAGAAUCAACACAAACAGACAAUGAGUAAAAGCAGAUACUUCAUAGAAUUGUCAAAAUUCUCACUAUUUCAAAACGGCACUGAGUGCAGAAGACUAUAAUAGAGCUUAGGAAGCAGGCUUCAAUAAUUAUAUGUUGAUGUGUUAGAUUAUGUGUCUUUUUAACCAGGAUAUUUAAACAAUGGACCACAUUCAUCCCUGUUGGUUUUUCUGUUUGUUUCAGUAAGUUUCAACUGACAUGAGUUUGGUCCAAUAAUUACCCCAGUAAGUUUUUAAAGCCUGGAUGCUUGCUUCUGCUAUUCAUGCCUCUGUCUGUAUCUGAACCUGCUUUCUGCUCCUGAUACCACUUUUCACCCACUUCUACCAAGGUUUGCCUUGUAACCUCAUGUUCUAAAGCUACGUGGGCUGCUUGAGAGUUGGUGAACAGUAGCAUCCCUGCAGUCACGGGACCUGGUUAAUGGAUGCUUUGCUACUAUGGUGUUGCACUACUGAAGAGAGUGUGUAGUGGAACAAAACACUUGAGACCAGUUUGAGCAACAUAAACUUUGCAAAGCUGAGUCUUUAUUUUUCUGCUUCCAAGUGUUGAAUGGGGUAAGUAAAAAGCCAGAUUGUUGUGAUGUUUUAUAUAUUUUGAACUUGUAUGUAUAUUGGCAUUGAGAUUAUUCAGGAGGUUGGAUUGAAAUGAUAGUUUUCAACACCAUUCUCAUUUUGUUCUGAUGUAUACCUCGCAUCAUAUAAACUUGCAUAUAUACUUGGAAUUCUGUUUGAAUAAACAUCAUAAGAGAGUGAUAACAA